UCUUUCAUUUUUAAAAGUUAUCUAUAAUACCAUAUAUACCAUUGUCAUCAUACUCCAUUUCUCACUAGAAUCAUCCACCAUGGAAGCCAGUGCUGGUCUAGUUGCUGGUUCUCAUAACCGGAACGAGCUCGUCGUCAUUCAUGGCCAUGAAGAGCAUAAGCCAUUGAAGGAUUUGAGUGGACAAGUUUGUGACAUAUGUGGGGAUGAAAUAGGCCUAACAGUGGAUGGUGAUCUCUUUGUGGCCUGCAAUGAGUGUGGUUUUCCUGUGUGCCGGCCGUGCUAUGAGUAUGAGAGAAGGGAAGGAACUCAACAGUGUCCACAGUGCAAGACCAGAUACAAACGUCUCAAAGGGAGUCCAAGGGUGGCCGGAGAUGAAGAUGAGGAGGAUAUCGAUGAUAUUGAACAUGAAUUCAAAGUUGACGAUGAGCAAAACAAGAAUAGAAACAUCGUUGAGACCAUUCUCCAUGGUAAGAUGACAUAUGGAAGAGGACCCGAAGAUGAAGAUACUGUUCAGUACCCUCCUGUCAUUGCUGGAACCCGCUCACAUCCGGUUAGCGGUGAAUUCCAGAUAUCGAGUCAUGCAAGUGGAGAGCAGAUCUUGGGAUCUUCACUUCACAAAAGGAUACAUCCCUAUCCAGCUUCUGAAUCUGGAAGUGCAAGAUGGGACGAUAAGAAAGAGGGAGGGUGGAAAGAAAGAAUGGAUGAUUGGAAAUUGCAGCAAGGAAAUGCGGGGCAAGAUUAUGAUGACUUUGCUGACCCUGAUAUGUCCAUGGUGGAUGAAGCAAGACAGCCUUUAUCGAGAAAAGUGCCAAUAGCAUCAAGCAAGAUCAAUCCUUACCGGAUGGUGAUUGUAGCUAGGCUGUUUAUUCUGGCCAUCUUCCUUCGUUAUAGAAUUCUGAAUCCAGUGCAUGAUGCGAUUGGUCUCUGGCUAACUUCUAUCAUCUGUGAGAUCUGGUUUGCCAUCUCUUGGAUCCUAGAUCAGUUCCCCAAAUGGUUCCCAAUCGACCGUGAGACUUACCUCGAUCGUCUUUCUCUCAGGUAUGAGAGGGAAGGAGAACCAAACAUGCUAUCCCCUGUAGAUAUCUUUGUCAGUACAGUGGAUCCUAUGAAGGAACCUCCUCUUGUUACGGCUAAUACGAUCCUCUCAAUAUUAGCAAUGGAUUACCCUGUGGACAAAAUUUCAUGCUACCUAUCUGAUGAUGGAGCUUCAAUGUGCACCUUUGAAGCACUAUCAGAAACUGCAGAAUUUGCUAGAAAAUGGGUUCCCUUCUGCAAAAAGUUCGCUAUAGAGCCUCGAGCACCAGAGUUUUACUUCUCCCUAAAGAUUGAUUAUCUCAAGGACAAAGUCCAGCCAACAUUUGUCAAGGAGCGACGAGCAAUGAAGAGAGAGUAUGAAGAAUUCAAGGUAAGAAUCAACGCACUAGUUGCCAAAGCAACUAAAAUGCCUCCAGGAGGAUGGAUCAUGCAAGAUGGAACACCAUGGCCAGGAAAUAAUACCAGGGACCAUCCGGGUAUGAUUCAAGUCUUUUUAGGCCAAAGUGGAGGAACCGAUGUGGAAGGACAUGAACUCCCUCGUCUUGUUUACGUUUCUCGUGAAAAAAGGCCUGGUUUCCAGCAUCACAAAAAGGCUGGUGCUAUGAAUGCCCUGAUUCGCGUUUCAGGAGUUCUUACUAAUGCACCAUUUAUGCUUAACUUGGAUUGUGAUCACUACCUUAACAACAGCAAGGCUGCCAGAGAGGCCAUGUGCUUCUUGAUGGACCCACAAAUGGGCAAAAAAGUUUGCUUUGUCCAGUUUCCUCAAAGAUUUGAUGGAAUAGACAGGCACGAUAGAUAUGCCAACCGAAACACAGUCUUCUUUGAUAUUAACAUGAAAGGACUAGAUGGACUACAAGGUCCGGUAUAUGUUGGCACAGGAUGUGUCUUCAGAAGGCAAGCAUUAUAUGGCUAUAAUCCUCCUAAACGUGCAAAGCGUCCAAGAAUGGUGAGCUGUGACUGUUGUCCAUGUUUCGGACGCAAAAAGAAGCUCGACAAAUAUAAAUCUGAAAUCAAUGGAGAUGCAGCAAAUGGUCAAGGAUUUGACGACGACAAUGAGCUACUAAUGUCCCAGAUGAACUUUGAAAAGAAAUUUGGUCAGUCUGCAAUUUUUGUGACUUCAACUUUAAUGAUUGAAGGUGGGGUCCCACCUUCAUCGAGCCCAGCAGCCUUGUUGAAGGAAGCUAUCCAUGUGAUCAGCUGUGGCUAUGAAGAUAAAACAGAAUGGGGUUUGGAGCUGGGGUGGAUAUACGGCUCUAUCACAGAGGAUAUCCUAACAGGUUUCAAAAUGCACUGCCGUGGUUGGAGGUCAGUCUAUUGUAUGCCUAAACUAGCUGCAUUUAAGGGGUCUGCUCCGAUCAAUCUGUCAGAUCGUCUCAACCAGGUGCUUCGAUGGGCUCUUGGUUCCGUUGAGAUCUUCUUCAGUCGUCAUAGCCCAAUUUUGUAUGGCUACAAGGGAGGAAAGCUUAAGUGGCUUGAACGAUUAUCAUAUGUUAACACAACUAUUUACCCCUUCACUUCUUUACCUCUUCUUGCCUACUGCACUCUCCCUGCUGUCUGUUUGCUCACUGGAAAAUUCAUAAUGCCAGAGAUAAGUACCUUUGCAAGUCUCUUUUUCAUUGCUCUUUUCCUCUCAAUCUUUAUAACGGGAAUUCUUGAGCUAAGGUGGAGUGGAGUAAGCAUUGAGGAAUGGUGGAGAAAUGAGCAAUUUUGGGUGAUUGGAGGGGUAUCUGCCCACCUUUUUGCUGUAGUACAAGGUCUUCUCAAGGUUUUCGCUGGAAUAGAAACCAGCUUUACUGUGACAUCUAAGGCAACGGAUGAUGAGGACUUUGGAGAGUUAUAUGCCUUCAAGUGGACUACUCUCCUUAUUCCUCCAACGACAAUUCUCAUAAUCAACUUGGUUGGGGUGGUAGCCGGAAUCUCUGAUGCCAUCGGCAAUGGAUCCAAUGCAUGGGGUCCCCUUUUCGGAAAGCUUUUCUUUGCUUUUUGGGUCAUUGUUCAUUUAUAUCCAUUCCUCAAGGGUCUUAUGGGUAGGCAGAACAGGACCCCAACCAUUGUUGUCAUAUGGUCAAUACUUUUAGCCUCCAUCUUUUCCUUGCUCUGGGUUCGAAUUGAUCCAUUUGUGCUCAAAACCAAGGGACCAGAUACCAAAAGGUGCGGAGUCAACUGCUAACAUACCUGCUCAUAAUUCCUUUUAAAGGCCAUGCUCUUUGGAGCGUAUACAGCAUCUUGAUGUAUCAGGGAUCUUGUAUCCUCCCCUGCGUGGGCUCUGAUGUAUACCCGUCAAACUGGAAUAUGCAAACAAAAGAAUAAACCUAGUGUGAGAAGUUUUGUUUAGCGUACAAAUUGUACUCAACUUUUUUGAUUGUUCAAACUGUACUCAAUUUUGCAUAUAGCUAAAUGAAAGUGUUUGAAGACAA